GGAAGUCAAACUCAAAUCGAAUUUUUUUUCUUCUCUUUUUUUUCUCUUCUCAUUUGAAGAAUAACUUUUUCUAGAGUUGAUUUUUAGUUUCGUUCAUCAUCCUCAUCUUUUUAGUUUAUCUUCAUCAUCACUUUCGAUAAAAACAAUUAAGUGAACAAUUUACCCGCCAUGUGAAGAAAAGAAGAAUAGACCAAAUAUCCUGAGUGUAUUUCUUUUCGUUUUUGUUGGAAAUUCUCAUCAUGUCAUUUUCUCCCUUGACAACAACUUGUGUUUCUCUCUGAACAAUUUUCCUUAAAUUAUCAUAUUUUUCUCAACUGUUGUGAUAAUUUUCUCUCAAUCUUCUAAAUUGUUACAAUUCAGUUAACUAUCUUGUCCUGAUUAUCUUCUUCACGAUCACCUAAAAGGAAGAGAAAAGCUUCUCAAAAUUGUUAUUUUCUUUUUUAUCUUCGGUGAUAAUCACUUUUCCCUCUUACCAUUUUCUUAACACCUUUUUCUUUUUUCUUUCUCUCUUAAUCAGUUUCAUUUGAUUUUCUAUUCUAUUUAACAAUUACCUUACCAUUCAAUCAUCACUGCCUUGUCAUCGCCAUUAACACACAAAUAUACAUUUUCUAAUUGUUUCAAUUUCUCUCAUCAUUCAACAAUCUCAUCACUCGGUUUUUACCUACAUUUUUGUUUCUCUUCAAACAUAAACAAUAACUCACCGGUUAAUUACUGUUUUCAAUCAUAAUUAACACCAUCAUCAGUUGAAUCAUCGGUUUUUUUUUAAAUUUUUCAAGUGAAAAACGGCAACAACAACAAUCACGAUUGAUUUACUUUUCUCUGUUCUCAAAUUGUUUGUCAAUAACCAACUCUAAUUACCACAAUUUCGGGAUCUCAUUUGUUUGUGUGUUUUUUGUUUCUCUGUUUACUCAGAAUGAGAAAUGAAUUAAUGUUGUUGUUACCGUUAAUCAUUUCUCUCUCUCUCCUUUGUCAUCAACAUCAUUCAUCUUCAAUAUACAUCCAGUGGUUUUGAGAAAAACAGUUAAAUCAACCUAAUCAACAUCAGCGAAAAUCAAAACAAUCACAAUCUAAAUGGUUCCAUCCAGUUUUCCUCAUGUAAUAAAAGAAUAGAAAUGAAAACACCGGGAAUCAAUUGGAACCAAGCAAAUGACCGUAGUUAACACCCAUCAAAACAAGAACAAAGCAAAUUAACAAUAAGCUGAAAAUCUUCUCAAUUGUCUUGACAGUUGAAAGAAUAUAUUUAUUAUUUAAUCAACAAUAUAUAACAACUGUUAUGCUUAAUUGUUGUAAUCAAGUGAACAUACACAUAAUUAACUCAAAUAAGCAAGAGAAAAACGUGAAACUGUCUCUCUCAUAGAAAAAGAAAUGAUGUUCUCAACGAUUCUUGCAGAAAAAAAAAAUUCUUUUCUCUUUUCUUGGAUAAACAAAUAUCACCAUUAAGUUGGAAUUAGUUACAUCUCCGGUCAUCAUCAUCAUAAUAAUAAGAAUAAGAAUAAUAAUCAUCAUCAUCAUCACUGUAAAAACAAAAGCUAAAUCGUUUCUAUCAAAAUUAACCUCAUCUAACUAAUAUUUAUAUUGCUCUCUUCCUCUGUGUAUGUUUUUUAUAUUCUGACUCAAUAUUAAUCCAUCUCAAUCCAUCAUAAAUCCCUUAAUCUGCUAUGAACAUAACUCACUCACCAGCAAUCGCAAUUACAUUUCGUUGUAAUUGUAGUCAACCACUUCACGCUCGGACAAUUGGUUUCCUUGCUGAUUGGAUAUCUGCUUAUGUUUUUAUUAAAGGUAACAAGGAGCGACUGGUUCUCUAUUUUCUGGUCUCUUUUUUGGGAACUUUUCUGAUCAUCUUUCUAGUCCUUUCGAUCCGUUUAUAUGUCCAAAAACGACGAGCCAUCAGAUUGCUCAAAGAAACUGCCCCUUUGGUAUCACCGAUAUCAGAUAUUUCCUAUGAAGUUCAUCGGGAUACAACUUUGGAUCCACUGGACAUUAGCGUGCCCACCAGUCAGACAACCUUAAACCAUGGACCGAAUCAUGGUCAUCACCAACAUCAGCAUUCACUUCAUCAUCAUCAACAGCACCAUCCUAGUAGCCGAUUACCAUCAGCAUUAACUUCAAUUGUUACUGGUCCUGGUGGUGGUCACACACAGACUCACCUUGAUAGUCAAUAUCAACCAUUAUUAACAUCACCUCGUCAUCAUAAUCAUCAUCAUCGAUCAUCAUCAUCUCGUCAAGACUCACCACAAACCUCACAUUCAGUGUCACAAUCACCACAACAAUCACCCCAAAGGUUAUCAUUAUUACAACCUGAUUCAUCCCAACAGCCAAAUACAUCAACCAAUAGCUCUAAUAAUAAUAGUAGUAAUACCAAUGGUAAUAAUAGUAAUUUAAUUGUAAAUAGUAAUGAAAAUAGUCCUGUUAAUAGUAAUGUCGAUAAUUUAAUUAACCCUUCAAUUGAUGAAAGUCAACGAUUGUAUUCACCAGUCCCGUCAUCGAGUCAACGACGAAGUACAAGAGAAUCAUCUUCACCUCGAACAAUUAACUCAUCACCUUCAACCGAUGCCAAUAAUAGUCCACGACCAGCGUCAAUUGGUUCAAACAAUCAACCAAAUCAACGAGCUAAUUCAAUUGCCAGGCAACAACAAUCAAACGAAAUGAUCAUUGGUUAUUCAUAAACUGGAAUCUUUAUCAUCACCAAGAAUUGAUUGAUUAACCAGAAAAAUUGCGAAAAUAUCAAGUUUUGGAUUGAUUUUAUGACGAUGGUUAAAAUUAACUGAUUAAUUGUCAAACUUCAUCAACAUAAAUUACAUUCCAAUUAAAUAAAUCGCUUCAGAUUUUAAUUUGGAUCAAAAAAUGAUGGGAAUUAAUGUUAUGACAACUGAUGAUUUCUAAUUAUCCAGAAUGAUUGAUAAUUAAUUGAUUAAUUUGAUCAUCAAAUGACUAAACAACUAAUUACGUUGAUUUAAUUGCGAUGUUACAGCAAUUUGUCAUCGUUUUUUUCUAAUCAACUUAAUUCAAUUUCUGGUCAACAAUUAAACUUUUUUUGAGGACGGAAAAAAGUUAAUCUAAUGUUAUUUAUAAGACUUUGAUUGUUUUUAUUGCCUUAAUUGUAAACCGAUAUCAAUUAAUUGCCAUGAUAUUGGGGUAGAAAAUGGUUAAUUAAUUGUUGCUUAUCUACUUUAAAUUGUGUUCAUCAAUCUCUACCUCUCCUUAAUUGUAAUUUCCCUCUUCCUCUAUCUUCCUUUGUGCUAAUUAACUAAUUGUACUUUUUGAUUACGAACAAUAUUUCACCAAAUUAACUUGAUCAAUUAUCCCAAUUUUUUGUCCCAUACUAAUAUUUGUUCAAAAUGUAAGAUUAAUUGUUUCAAAUCAAACACAAAUCAUUAAUUGAAUUUCGCUCUUGAUUCAAAAAUACAAAUCGCCAAUUUUUUAAUCAUUAAUCAAAAACAGCACUUUAAUCAACUAUUGUAAUUUAUAAAAGAAAAACAAUUUAUAAAGAGCUUUAUUUAAUCAAUUGUCUUU